CGUAACGAUUGGCUUGUCAGUUGAGGAAUCAGUUUUCGCUUGUGAUUCAGAUUCAAGGCGACUACUUUUUUCACGGAGCUGGACGCUUUUAAAAACAUCUGUCAAUGCGAUCGAUGUGGUUUAGGUUGUUAGUCGGCAGCUCUGAUUCGCUCUGUUGCACGUUUUGGAGCCGUAUUGCCUUCUGAACCAAAUGCCCGACAAACGAUCUACGUUGUUUAUAAAGCAGGUUAGUGGGAAAAUGCUAAGUAAUGUUACCCCUGAUAUUCAGAUUAAGAUGUCAAAGAAGGUAUUGUUAAAAAUUAAGGAAUUAGCACGCAGAUCAUUGGUAUUUAUUCCCCAAGCGAUUUCUUUUACGAGUACGUAAGCUCGCUCUUGAUUCAACAAUGAAUGAAUGGAAACUAAAGUACAUGGUCCUGCUAAACGUCAAGUCUAAUACCAUGUUUUUACAUCCAAAUAAAUAAAUAAAUAAAAAUAUAGACAUGAGGCAUGAAAGGAAAUGAAGAAGUUUAAAGCAAAUCAGUCAUCGUUAUACAGUCAAGAAAGCGGAUCCGGAACUAAAGUGAUAAAUUAGCGAGUGAUUGUAUGGCGACGUGAGGCGCUUCCUGCUAAAACCGAACGUGUUCAAGGCAUUUAUGCAUUUUUUUUAAUAAAGAGGGAUUUUCAGAUCCAGAAAUUUUGCGUCAGCUUUUGAUAUCUUAUCUCGAUUUCAUUUCAAGUUCUUUACUUUCUUCAUUGCCCACGCCUGGGCGAAAAGCUGUUGGUUUCAUCAUGAUAUUAACCUUCGAUUUAAUACGUCAGGGUCGAAAUGAAAGUAAGGUCAAAUUUAUCUAUAAUAUUCUGUGAGGUCAAAGGAAACAUAACCUAUUCUGUGCGGCGAUAGGUUGCUCCUGAUAUGACUAAUAAAUUUUGAAUACUGGGUAACUAGGGCGAGAGAGUCAGUUUUGAAAUACUUCACGCACUGAUCGUUCAAAAAGUCUUAUUUGCUUAAGAAAGACACUCUUUCAAAAACUUUCUAUCUUCUAAAUCAAUCGACAAUUUUGUCUCCAGUAUAAAAUGCAAAUGUCGUUGGUUCUUUAGGAGGUGUUAAGAUAAGUCAAAUCUAAAUCGCCCGACAAAACGGGACGUAUUGUGAAGAUUAGACAUCUUAACAAUUCGCCCACGAAAAGAAUUGAAAUACGUCUGCAUGCAAUUUCUUUUCCGUAGGCGUCUAGUUUGGCAUCAUGCCGGGACAAAGUUGAGUGAAAGAAAGAAACCACAUGUUUUUGGCGUUUUACCAUAAAACUGCCAGAUGAAUGUAUAGUUCAGAUGCAAAACCACUUCAAAACACCGUGUACGAUUAGUCUUGCUCAAAAUGAAAUCGGAUCACAAAAAGAUCGCGAUCAGUCAAAAUUAACAAAAAAAGUAUUAAAGUAUUGUAAAAAACACAACUGUAAGGAAUUUAUGUGUGGCUAUAAAUUCUGCUAAAUGAAUAUUAUUACCUAAAUGUUACAAGCCUUUAACGGACAGCAAUUUGGAAAAUAUAUUUACAAUGUAUUAUAUUUUAGACAUCAUGCUUUAUUUACUUGCAUUGAUUUUUUUAAAUAAUAACUAAACGUAAGUUUCUUAACAUAAAAGUCGCUGGAAUUUCACGAUCUUUGACUACUCUCAACCUCAAAUUUAACUAACCCAGUAUAUUUUCCCUUGAAUUUCUUUUCCCUAAGAUUCAUGUAUCCAUAAUCGAAAUAAACAUUAAACUUGAAAACCAGUAUUGAAACUCGGAUAAUUAUCAACAUUACUUUACAUCUCUAAAUAGUUAUACUUCCUCUCAACAAACAUAAUGUUUCUUUUUUGGCAUUCCACACGUGUUGUUUCAAUAAUUCCAAUUUAAAACGUUUUUUUUUUAUAUGUUGCUAUGAUACGAUCAACAUGUACUUUAAAAUCCUUCUUUCAAGGAAUUUCAAUAAAAAGCAUGACUCUUUUGCUUAGAUGUCAUUUUAGAAAGUAGUGUUCGUUCUUGAACAUUCGCCAUACAAUGUUUUCGAAAUUUGGCCAAAAACUUACAACCAUAAAAUCAAGCAACAUGUAAUCAAGUAAUUGUAUGUUCUGACAAGUCCUUACUUAGUUAAUAAGGGCUCGUCAAUAGCUUCGGAAGAAAAUAAAUAGCAUACUAGUCUGUUUAGAUUUUGCUUGUGCAAUGAGCUAUUGUUUCAUGUUGCAGUCUGGAUAGGCAAUUACAUGUGUAAUUGGACGAAAUGCACCCCGGCGAAAUGCAGUAGGCGAUUUUACAUUAUUGUAAAACAUUUUUUAGUCUUCUUGAGACUAUCCACUCACUCACAAAACGCUUAAUUUUCAAUCCGUUGUUUUUUGCUUACGUCAGACCAGACCCCCUGUAAUCUCACAAUAUAAUAGAAAUUACAGUAAAUCAAAGCUCUUGGAAAUAGCUUACAAAUGGAAAUCGGCGCACUUAGACAAAAAAUUACCUUAAGGUUUUUAAAAAUUGACUGCUUCAUAAAACAACUCUGUUUUCUACGGUCUUUGAAAGCGAUAAUGCUGCUCGUUUACUCAAGGACCUGCUCUGACAUGUAAUAAUAAUAAGCACAAGUCAUAUUAGUUAUUAGUAUCGUUAUUAUUACGAGGAGGAGGAGGAGGAGUAGUAGUAGUAGCAAUAGUAGUAUGUGUAAUCAAAUGAUGACGAGUGAAAUUAGGGAUUAAUUUCACGCACGUUUUGUCCAAAUCCUAAUAAUUUCCCGAGCCUUUAUUUGAUUAGGUUUUCUAUUAUUAUUAUUAUGAUUGUUUUGUCGUUGUUUUCAUUGUCUAUUUUUUAACCUGAAAUGAGAUAGGUGUUGCUGCAUUCUUUCUGAAACACCCAGUCAAUGGGUUCACGGCACAGUCUUAAGUGAAACUAUAAACUGAACUGGAUUUAUGUACCAUCUUAUAACUAUUAUUCGUUCUUCAAAGAGACCAAAGAACAACUAUUUAGCUGGUAGGUCAGGAAAAUAGGAAAAACAAGAAACAAAAUAUCAUACCGUGUUUUAUCGUUUGCCUCACGUUUUGAACAGAUCGUAGGGAAAAGGUCGCUACAAACAAGUCUGAUAAAAAAGUCUAAGACUUUCUUGCAGUCAGGGCUACUUAACUCUCAAGGUCAAUGGAAAUAAGCCACUGAAAAUGUCUCUAAGUUCAAGGCGAAAAUCACUGUCAAUCAAAGUAGUCUUGUUCGUUUAUUAUUUGAUUUGCCUGACGUAACUGUUCUAGUUUAUUUUGAUGACUAAAAUGCUAAGAAAAUCAAUCCGAAAACUCAAUCUUUUCGAAUUAGCUUAGAAAAUUGCGACGGCAUUUGUUUGCUGUAUGGUGACUAAGGGUGAACGACGGAAAAUUAACAGCUUUUUUGUCGUUGUUGUUGUUGUUGUUUUUUUGUCACAACUUCUAAAAGGAGGGAAAGAGUCCUUAUUUUACAACAGUAGCUGCCAACGGUCACAAACUGACGAACAAACCUGAGUCCAACGGCACAAUCAUUAUCUUAAACCCUCCCCACCCCACCCGCUCCCGACUCCUCUCCCCUCCAUCGGUGCAUGAUAGCUAUCUUAAGCUACUUAAAGCUGCACAGAAAAAUGUGAUAAGUAAUUUGUAGUUGUUAUACCUGUUUUAACCGGAAUGUCAUUUUGUCAUUUUCAGGAGUAAAGCAUCAGUAAAAUAGAGGUUUAGACGUGAUGCACUGAUUAAAAAUAAAUAUUAAAAGAAAUAGUAUGUAAAGUUAAUGUGUACUCAUGAAUCCACGUGCCAUUAAACAGAGAAUAUUAAUAAGUCACUACGUAUCAGUUUUAAGGAUGUUUCCUAGUGUAAACAAUGAACCAGACAUAUUAUGCAGAGAUAAGUUUUAAUCCUCUAUAUUUCUUAUGACAGUCGAUCUCUUAGUGAUACUAUUCCCGCCAUGCUGACAGCACUCUCCGUGCAAUCUUAAUGUGCUGUUAAUAUUUCAUUUCAUUUGUAUUAUUUUGUCAUUCUCAUCACGUUCCUUUCAAACAUAUAUAAUCUAUUUCCCUCAUUAUGUGAACAAAGAUAUUUUAAGAAAUGCCACAAAACCGCACAGAAGGUAAGAAUUUUAAAUUUCUUUUUCCUUGUUGUAUACUCAAAGAGCUUGCUAACCGCCGUCCGUUCAAAUUAAAGCAAGUCAAACAAGAAUGAGUAGAUACCACAGCCUAAAUUAUUGAUCAUACCCUAAUGAGCAUUUUGAAAAGCGUUUCUUGAGAACUCCCAGCGAAAAGACUUUGAGAGCAGAAAAUAGCCUUCGGCAGUUUAGGAAAAGUAUGUGCCCUAGAUUAUUUGGGUUCACUUACCCUAACCAUUAGCUACAUACGUAUAAUCGGCCUUCAUUUCGGUUUUUAAUAUUUUCCUGGUAAUGAUGGGUUAUUUUUUCUUCCCUUUUAAUCGAAAAUAAAAUUUUGUUUCGUUGUUUGUUUUUUCUUCUUUUUUGAUUUUAAGAAAUGUUGACAUAAGUGUCAACGUUCUAUCAAAAUACCAGGCAACCAACGCAGGCUAUGCCGACAAAAAGCAAUAGAGAAGCGCCAUCAGUACAUUUUAAACUGUUCAUUUGAAAGUAGUUAUCACGAAACGAAAAGUUCAUGCAAAAGUCGUCAUGCUAUAAUUCUAACACCCACAAAAUUACUGACAUGAAACAACACAUUUGUGUUGAAAAGUGAAAAAAAUGCCCGCACUUCCUUGAAACACACUGAAACGAGCGCAGAAAGUCUGGACAUUUUAUCUAAGUGGACGUCGAAAGUGCGAGGUGUUCUCCUAAUGCAGUAGGUAAACUAGGAAACAUGAGAUUUAGAAACAAAAUUGAGUCCGAGAAGCAAGAAUUAAUGUUUUUGACUUGAUUUUAAUGGCAUUUCUUUGUGUCCGCGUCCGAAAUAUUUUUUCCCGCGGUAAUGGUAAUGUUUCAGUACAUAGGCAACUCCAUAUUUAGCCAGAGUCCUUUUUAAGAGGUCCUCAAAGUUAUACUCAUCCAAAGUACGUUACCUUAAAGACGACUUUUGUUUGUUGUAUUAACCUUUUAAAUACCAAAGACAGAUUUAUUUGGGAAAGUGAUGUUUUUAUAUUGGCUGUAAUGUUAAGGUAUUUUUCCUUAGUGUUUUUCCAUCCUCGUGAGAAUAGACUGAAAGGUAGACCACAUCAUCUAAAAAAAUCAUAAACAAUACUACUUCAAUGACGUUUUUGACGUGUGCUAGAUGGAAAUGAAUAUAGCUCGGUAUAACCUCAUAGCUUGUCAAAAUACAAUAAAAAAAGAAGGUGCGACAAUUUUUUUAUUUACUUAUUUUCGCUGGCAAAGUAACAUGUAAAACAAACGUAGGUAUGUCGCUGCCAGCGAGUACAGCCUAUUAAAGUUUUAAUAUGAAUAUUCCAGUCGGGAAGCUGAUGUCUAUAAAUAUAAAUAGGAAACAUCUGAAUGAGAAAGGUUCUUGUAAUAAUGAAAUAUUCACCCUUUUACUAAUGAAAUAGUUUCUGUAAUUGUUCCUUUAGAAUCCAAUACAAUAACGCCCUGCAGGUGAUCGCGACGCCGUAACCGUGAUUAAAGUCUUGAUUUAUGCAAAGCUUUUGCUUUACAGUGAUAAUGAAUAAUUUCAUAUUUAUCACAGUUAUUACGAAAUUAAUUUGACACAUAUCCCUUAUACUUGGCACAGAGCCUUGUACCCUAAGCCGUUCUUCUUUCCUUUUUUCACACAAAAAUGAGGUACUUGGUAUCUGUUUUGUCAAGUUGGAUCGCUGCUCCAUUCCUCGGAGAAACUUCGACGAAAGGUCAAAUACUGAGGGAAGCUCUCGCUUAUUUUUGACUAGAACCCCGGCAUCAACUAUGAAUUGUCAUGAAAACAAACAAAAGCGAGAAAACCCUGAAAAGGUAGGAUUUAAGUCUGUAAAGUUGGGACAGUGAAUUCACUUCAACUUCGUGGUUGGUUUAAACUGAUGACCUAAGUUUUUUUUUAAUGUUUUUGUUUAAUUUUUAGUAAAGCAGGGUUUAUAUUGCACUAUUAAAUUUUCGUCUGUGCUACAUUCUGGCGACCAAGGCAACAAAAAUACAUUUUUCACUGAUGUGACUGAUUUUUUUAUUAUAAUCCUUUUUUGGGGGGUUUUAUUCUAUAUAAAUCUAAACAAAAUAGAGUCGAAACCGGAAAUUUAUUCCCCGGAUAUUUUGCUUCUUUGUAAAUCGAUAAAUCUGACUGCAUGGUAUAUUUUGAUCGAUGUGAUUGUACCACGCGAAAGUCAUUAACGAAUGACAUCGAGGACCGUAGUUCUUACCGUGAUCUGGCCAAAGGGGAGAGAGGGUUUUUCAAGCCUUUUAGUAAAAUGGCUUUGCCUUGGCUUUGACUUUAAUUUAGAGAAGGCUGAGAUUCAAGCUCACUGAGUAACGUUUCAACAGAUACUUAAAAAAUAUGAAUUUAAGAAUGAUUUGCGAUCUGUCAUAAGGGUCGCAAAGCAAACGUUGUUUUUCAUAAAACAAACACGAUAAAAAAGUGGCAACUUCUGACAAGUACCGACGCCAUGUAGCUUCAAGAACGUUUAAUUCAGAAUUCGAAUCCUUGGCGGACUGCCGCGAUGAGUGAAAUAACGACCGGGUAUAACAAAAAAUCACGGCGAAUAGAAUUUUAUAAUGAUACUGUCAGCGUUUUGGUUGGAAUGCUUUUAUGUUGUAAAUGAUAGUUUGUUUUCGAAAAAACAAAUCACUUUUUAGUUGCUAAUUUUCCGACAUGAUAUUAUGCAUUCGGGUUGUGGUUUAGAAUUGUUUGUUGAUAUCUACGUAAUUAUUUUUACCCCUUACUAAAAUCUCAGAACUAUCAAGACUGAAACAUUUCUCGUAACAAGUCACAACAGAAAUUUAUAAAGACUAUUUAAACGGCAUCGUUCGUGUGCCUUCAAAGCAACAAAGGUAUGUUAUUUAUUGGAACCCUCUACCUCCCAUAGUACACCUUACUUUCGUCAGUGAAAUUUGCAAUCAAAAUUUAAACAACAAUAUUCACAGAGAUCAGCGUUGCGAGGAAACCAAAGAGUCUACAAUACAUUUUAACUUUGAAUUAAUUUAAAACUUUUUACACUUUCCGCACUGUAACAAGCGGCAAACAACCGUGGAUAAUUUUCAGGAUUCUGGCCAGUUCGUCGUCUUAUAAUUCAGAUUCUCAGUGUUGUCCUAUAAAAGAGGUGCUAACGAGAACCGUGCGUUUGAAAUCGACAUACUUGUGUUAUCAUGACUCCGUGGUUAUAUUGCAAUAUACUGAUUUUUUCUUAAUGAAAGAUUGACAACCUCUAGAUAUUAAACAAUUGUAGUCGAGUCCAAAAAAGCGAGCUAGUUGCCGAAACCCCCCUCUUGGCUAAAACAGAUCUGAAGCCCUGGCGUUACUAUCCAUGCGUACGUUGCCCCUAUUGAAACCACUAGUGAUUUUCAGACCAACUAAAUACGCAAUUUUCCCUAUCAUUUUUCAGACAUGACUUUAGGAAAAUUAAAUAGAGCCCAUAAGUCGGUUUAAUAAAGACCCGAGUCGUGCAAUCUUUUCGCACCCUGACCACUGAUGCUAAAAGAAUCAACAAUAUAAUGACGAUGGAUGUAGGUACGUUUUUAUGCCUCCAAACCAUCUUUAGUUAGCUUGCUUUUUCAGCUCAAAUGUUCUUGAAGCUUGUCCUUUAAAAACAAACAAAAAUUAACACUCCGUUUGAUGCAAAGAUUGCGUAUGUUGUUAAAUUGCUUUACGGACACGCAAGAAUUACAGGCCUUAAGAAACGGCUUUUUAUGACCAAUACUGGUUAAAUUUCUCUUUUCCGCAGACUCAAAACUUCGCUACUCGUUAGGGGACCUACGGGGUAUAGCUCAUCAUCGCGUGAUAAAAUCCUACAAUGUGAUAAAUGACUUUUAGACAUCAAAAAUUUUUCAGGUGAAGUUGAUGGAAUAUGUUCUCUUGAAUAAAGAUGCCAAUUACAUUUGAGAAAUAGAUGGUAUAAGUAUAUUCUACUUGCGAAUCUAAACCCCUAAAAAAGUUUCAAACAAAACUAAAGACUAAACUGAACCCUUUAUUAAGAUCCUCUGAUCAAGAAAUGCUUAAUUGAUCAAUAACAAUAACUGAAUUGGCCUAUGGACUUACCACUGCAUUCCAUCUUCAUUUGCGCUGCAAGCAGCCCAGGCUGGAAACCUUAAUCUCACACGGUGCGUAACAUUUAAUUUAAAACACAGCAAAUUGGAAUUUAACAAGGACUCUGAUAGCUUACGUAACAGACGUAAUUUUGACUGCGGUCCAGAAACAGUGACUUGGGUUUUACUAUAUCAGAAAUUUUCCUUGUUCUUGUGUCAAUCGAGGAAUCUGGCUGGUUACAAGUUAGGCAGAAGUUUCUUCUGACGGGGGCUCUCUGCUUAGUCAGCGAAUUUCGAACAAAAGUACCUUUUUGAAUUACUUUUCAUGUCCCAUGAAAAGACGCAGCCUUUUUUGUUGGCAGAGAAUAUUUGGUAAGGAAGCAAGAAUUUUAAAGACGAAUUUUUUGUCUAACAACAGAGAAUAUAUAAGGGGCACCUGUCGGCUCGUAACUAAAAGUCUUGGUAAAAAACAACAACUCUCUGUUUAAAAUUUCGCAAGGUUAGAACUGAUUACUAGGUCGUGUUAAUCAAACAAAUAUGAAUUUAAGUGUUUUCACAGCUGACUAAUAAAACAUGAACGAAAAAUAAAGAAGGAAAUUGUUUUAUGCUGUUUUUUUUUUUAAUUAAGGAUGGAUAUACCGUCUUAAUUCUUUAUUUCAUGCAUAGAGUAGUUCUGAAGGCUUUCGGUUAAAGCACAACUCAUGGGACGCUUUGUUGGCAAGUGAAUCAGUUUAGAAGCAAUUAAUUGCCAGAUCCUUUGAUUUUGAAGCUUUGUCAGUCGAACAAGUUCAUCUCCGUAGCGGACAGAAUUCUAUUGAAAGCGCUGAAAGAAUCGAGUUAAAGCUCCAAAAGUCGUUAACCAUUUAGCUGAGGAAAAAAAUGCCCCGUGCAACGAGCCAUACAAACUAAAAGUCAGGAUAGAGUCAAGAAAAAUAAAUUAACAUUCCUUUUAAAACCAUGUAACUCAGAGAGUAUCAGUUUUGUACUGAUAUGGAUAGAAAAGGAAAGCAUCCCGGUCUUACAACUAAGAAUAUGGAAUAUUUUUUCCACCGUUCCGAUUGACAAAUAUUUUUAAACUAUAGCAAUACGGUAUUUGCUCAAAUCUCUUUCGUCGAUACCACUUAAGUUGUGACUUGCUAUUUACUUAAAGUAAUCCAUGUAUAGAGUGGUUUCAAGGCCGCAGUGGACCCUUCGCAUUACAAUCAGUGGAAAACUAAAGUGUGCGUACUAGAUAUUCUACCGUUAUAAAGAGCUACAAUCGGCGAAAAAUUGUUGAGACAUUGCACUCAAAUAGAGUUACCACAGAGAACAAAAGAGUCCACACCGCCCCCCUUCCCCUCCAAUCAAAGUGUUUGUUGUUUCUAUAGGUAGCUCGAACAGAGGCACAACGUUGCGUGGAGGGGAUGGGGGAGGAAAAGCUUUAUUUUCCCCUCUGGAAGUCAGUAAAGCGUCAGAAAGCCCCUUUAGAUUGAAGUGUCUCAGCUAAUUUUGUCGCCGAUUGUAGUAAUUGAAUAAACUUUAGUAUCUAGAGAGAAGUGGAACUGAGCGUAACAAAUUAAAGAGGCGCUCUUAAGAAUAAGUUCGACAUCAUUUUACUUCCAACGCUAUUUGAUUGGUUCAAAAGACUUGCAACUUUCUUAUCGAAAGAAAUGAAACCAAAUGCACCCGUAAAAUGUAACAUGGGUGCAUAUCAAGAGACUAUAAAGGGGACAGAGAGGGUAUCCCCCAUAUACACCCUAUUCCAUAGGUAAUUCGUCUCGAGUUAUUUUUAACACCACAGAUCUCAAGGGGGAUUAGACAACAGCCCAUCACAUAGCACGAAUGUGUUCCGCGUGGAUGACCCACGCUGAGAGCCACGCGUCCUUCACGAAAUGACGCAGAACAAAAUGGGGGAAGACGCGGAGAGCAAUUUUGCUAUUCCUUUUGUCGAAGAAAACGACUACAGAGAGAUUUCUUCGAAAGCUGUGUCAGCGAAACCGAAAUUAAAAAAGAAUCGCCCUUCCUCCCUUGUAUAGAGCUAACAGUAGAGCAGGGAAAUCCUUAACACACUGAAUAUUCUCUCAGGAUCUUUUAUAAUUUACAGUUUGAAGAGAGCAAUUUCUGGUUUGAUGUUUAUUUUUUUCAGUCUUUAUAGCGAUUAUUCCUGCCCACUUACUUUGUCAAUUGUAGGCGAAUCCUCCUAAAGCAGAAUUUCAAGGGACCAUAUUCAACCUCAGAAAGAGAAAUAAAAUUUCGUCGUUGCUUAUUUACGUCCUCCAUAAAACGCGAAAUUGGGCAUUUUCACGUCGUAGUCGUGCAAAAACGGGAAAGAAAUGAACAAAAAAGUGUGUUGCACGUGCGAAGUUGUUGUUUUGCUAAUUAAACCUAUUGUUUUUUUGACGUUCUAGUUGUCGUCCGCAUCGUUGGAUUUUAAACUCCCUAAAUUGUACAAACGACCGGUUUCAAUAGACCGGCCAAAUAUCUCAUUUUAUUAAAGCACUGAGGUUACGACAACUUCGAGUUAAACUGAUUUCACGGGUUGUCAAAGAGUCCGGCGAUUCCUUUUUCCCAGGUGAGCGCCGACUCAUUUCGCUUCAAUAUUCAGGAAUGCUCUCGAUCUUUUUACGCUUUCAUUGCCUCUCGCCCGACAUGUUUUGCACGGCGUUUGGUCAUGCGAAACCUCCACGAAACAUCCACGCCUCGCGCGAGGUAACUUUAUCCCGAUUCUAAAAAUAACUCGAGACGAAUUACCCAUGGAAUAGGGUGUAUAUGGGGGAUGCCCUCUCUGUCCCCUUUAUAGUCUCUUGGUGCAUAUCUAUACAAAAAAAUCAACAACAUGAAUGUAUCUACAUAAACAACGAUAUUUUUAAGAACUAAAAACUCUCUCCCAUGACCACUUCCAGUUAAAGUACACAGUCUGUUGAGAGGCUUAGGCUCGAAUGGAAGUCCUCUUGGCACGGAUUUGUACGCGAAUUCUCCCCACUAAUCUAAAAUGCAAUGAAUAAGAAAAUGUCAAGUCACGUCCAUUGAAGCUCCUGAUGUACCUUAUGAAAUCGAUUGUUUGUUGACUGUCGAAGCCUCAUUUCGGUCACUUUGUCAUUCUUCUCUGUUGGAAUAAUACAAACACAGGAGUCAUCGAUUUUUUGUUGAUUUACUAUGAGAAGGUGUUGAUUUCCUAUAUUUAAAUAGUGAGAACACAUUUAAGCACUCUGAAAUGAGUAAAAUCUUGAAAGAUGACGUCAUAGAACAACGCUGCUAGUUAAUUAUUGAUUUAUGUCUCACUCUUAUCCCAAUGAUUCCGCUCGACCCAACGUCAGUCUGCUAUGCGUGGGCUGUGUGAGCUAACAUGUUUAUAUUUAGAAAUUUCUCCAUUAGCCAUCAUUGCUAGAAGAUUUCUUACUCGGCGAUCAAUCGAAAAGUAGUUUAAAUAGUACAAAAAUUCAACUAAGGAUUUCUUGAUAAAAAAUGUACCGACCCGAACUUCGAGGUUUGUUUGAACUAACUCGCAGCCAAAAUAAACAGGUAGAAUUACUUGGAAACAGCCUUUAUUAAAAUAAAUUUUAAUAGCUAUUUAGCUUAAAUCAUAACUUGAAAGUACUUUGAGCAAUUAGUCCAAGCUCUUCCGGAAAACUCUAACCCCGGGGGGUACUUCCCUAAAAGAGGCUAAUGGGGAUGUGCCGCCGGAUGGGGUCGAGUUGCUAGAAUGGGGUCGCACAUUUUCGGGUUUUUGGGGGUAAGACAGUUCUUCAUAUUUACGGUUAGCAAAAGUACCAAAAUAUUUGUAACUGCAGAUGAAACGAUAAAGUGUUGUUCGUUCAAUCAGGAGCCUUUCAAAUUUGAUGGGCUCCUGGUUCAAUCUAAAACUGAAAUGGGUCAAUUCAUAAAAAUGGAAAGUGACUAAGCUGAGAUCGCAAAAAUUACAUAUACGCACAAAAGUGACUAAGAUGGGGUCUAUAAUUGGCCACAGAAUAGACUAUAAUGGGGUAGCAAAAAUUAACCCAAGUAGCCCCCCCCCCCCCCCCACCUCCCCUCCCCGCCGGGGCUCUAACGGCUUCCAGAGUUUAUAACUGUUUUGUUGUUAAUAAAUAAUCAGGCCAAGACGAGACUUAUUAGAAAUAACGAGCUGAAAAUAAGCAGAAAACAUAACAAGUUCAAAUUAAUCAGUCAAGCUUUAAAAAUGUCGGCAAACAAUGACUGCAACACCUGCGCGACACCUACAAUCAAGAGCGUUGGAUUUUAAAACAAACUAAUUUACAUAAUAACUUAAAGUCGUCAGGUGCAGUGUUUACGAGGGUAAGUUGCCAGUCUUCUGAACAAAAUCUCGUUUUACCCAAGUUACACAUUUACAAUUAACGCCCAGCUAAAUGAAGCUUUUUUCUUUUCUCUGCUAAAAAUCAGGCAAUGUUUUUUACUAUGCAUUCCUAAACUAGUCUUUGUUUACAAAGUUAACAAGCAAUUUUUGAGGUUUAAACAAGGCUUUUUGAGGCUUUGAGGUUUUUGAGAACAUUCUUACCAGCACUUUCCUCGACGCAAUAAAGAUGCUUUUAAGUAAAUUUAUUAAAAGUUUCAAGUGCGUUGUUUACCAAGUAAAACGUGGAUUUAUUAGUCAGUUGUGCAGGCGUGGUCCUUAAGUUAGUAAAGCUUUUUAUGAUGCUCUCCAUUCACUACUACAGAAUCACUUCAUUGAAGUCUACGAUGACUAAAUUCAAAUACAAUCGAAACUAAGCGACUUCUCUGUGAUGUGUUCGAAGCUAAGAAGCCACUGGUUGGUGACAAAAGAUUCUAAAACAGUUGCCAUUGCCAAGUAGAGAUUAUUCAAUCUUAAACAGUCGGUUAUACAGAUACACAAACAACGCUCAAAAAUUAGUACCUGCUAUAGGAUAGCCACAAGCAGGUAGGCAGAAUUUAGUAUUCAUGCGAUUUACUGAACUGCCAGUUUCAGAGGCUCAACCAGGCAAAUUGUGUUUGUUAGGCUGAAGAAACGACCUAAUGUCUGGCAAUUUACAUUUUAAUCGAAUCUCAAGGACAGACCGUAUGAAAAACGUAAGAAGCAUUUCUUAAAUUGGUUUUUCAUGCAAAUUUUGCCACUUAAAAUACUGUUACCCUGCUAGUAGCGAUUAAAUUUUAACAGUUGCGUACUUCCACCUAAUGUGUGGAAACAAAUAUUUGGUACAUGAAUGUUUGCGCAGUGUUCGAUAAUCCCUUUUUCGUCCUGUUUUUCGUUCAGGUGAUGUUUUCGUGUACACUGCCUCCUUGUUCACAGAGCAGAAAGCAAUCUAAAAUAGCCAGAGAAAGAGAGAGGAAAAAAUCACUGCAAAAAGGAAAGGAUCGCUAUAACAUUGUCAAGGGUCUGGCUGAAGGCGUCGACGGAAUUUCGUUCGAAAGUCUGCUAAAACGGCGCCAUUAUCUGCGAGCAAGAAACAACUAUCUUAUUUUGGAGCCCUUCGAUGAUUCCGAAAACUACAGUAAGUAUGAUAUUUUUACUUAAUUUGUACGAUUAUAUGGUGAAAGUUAAAUGUUAUUAUCGUAAUCAAUAUUUACAAACGACUGUUUCUUGAUUAUAUUGUGCCCGGGAAAUAAAUUAUUUUGAUUGGUUCUACAAAGGGUAGAUAACCAUCAAAGAUAUAACCUACAAUAGCUACAGAAAAGUGAACUCCAGCCAUGCCUUACUGUAGCUAAACAGUUUUCUUUUUUUCUGAGAAACUAAGCGAAAGCAUAAGUCAGCCGAAAUUUCACCUCACCGUGGAGUUUUCUUUGUAGUUGAUUUAUAAAACUUCUGCAAAUCAAGCUUUUCAUGUAAGUUUCUUGUCUUUGUUCAUGUGGCGAUGUAUUUAAAUAAAGUCGGUUGCAUCCCUAUGUGAAUAGUAUCAUUUCAUUUCCAAGUUAGCCCACUGAGAUGUCACAAUGAAUUGUACCUAGUGAAAAGAAUCGACUAUUCUAAAACUACAAAAUGUAUUCGGUAUUACUAAAAGCAAAACACGAUUCGAAACUACUAUUUUAAUUGCAUUUUUGGCGCUCCUUUACGCGUCUGCUUGAUCAGUUGUUGCCGUCAAUUUGCGGACAAGUCGAUGCAAGAGUGUCUUUAUUUUUCGCUUUAGCACUAAACGGAGCUGCACAGCGCAGGCUUCGGUUAUUUAAACGCAGCCAGGGUUUAGCCUGUGCGUUUCAGUCAAACACGAUGGUAUUCUAAGUGAACAGCAUGAAGAAAGCAUAUGGUGCUGACAAGGCCGAAAUACACUAUACAGUGGAGGUCGUAACGGACACUUUGGGAAGGGGGCUCAACUCCCAUACAAACUCUUUUUUUUACAUUCUCGUAAGCGGCCAGCUCCAGGUACGAACACCUUUUUCGCGGCCCGAGCUGGAGGGUGUCCGCUUAAGAGAUCUUCCUCUGUACUGCUUAAAAGAAUUCACAUACAAACAGAUCAGGAAGUUACUGAGUUACAAUUGACUCAAAUCACGGAGGUGACUUAGAUUUUACAUAUAAAACAAACCCAUAUGUUUACCGUCAAUAGUUCUCAUGAGCAAAUCUUACCAUGAGCUCGAUUUGAACAUUCGACACAGCUUUUCACGGACAUUUUUAAUUUUAGCAAAUUUUUUUUAUCGAUACGUAUUUGAUUCUCACUUCCUUUUAGCAAAUAAAGCCCCGUAAAACUAAGUUCUUUAAAAACAUAAGCUAAGCUGUGGCUGGAAGUUCUCUGAAGUAAGCCUUUUAAUUGUUUUCCACACUGAGUAGCUAUCGAUUGUAUGGGAUUUACAAAUUGUUUUGAGUCGAGAUAUCUAUCACGCGGCAAUCAUUAUAAAAAGUCCGGUACGGUGUAGAAUCUUAGAGUUUGAUUUGCUAAUGGCUGACGAUGAUUGGUCAAAGUUGAAAUUUAAGUGAAAGAAGGAAAAAAGAAGCACACAGUAAUUUUUAGGGAGUUAUUAUAACUCCAAAAAUGGAGUAAAAAUUUUAUGUACAGGAUAACCCCUUUUUGGGGGUUACUUUAACUCCUAAUUUAACUCCAAAUUUCGGGUCAUUUUUACUCCUUAGAAAGAGUUCUUUUAACUCCUUGUUGGAGUUAAAAUAACUCCUCUGUAAAGAGUUAAAUUAACCCCACUAGAAGAGUUAUUAUAACUCCUUGAAAAUUACUGUGCACUUAUUGGCAAAAAAAUUGGCUUUCGGCCCGUUGUUUAGGCUCUCUGAAAAGCCCAAAUAUAAAUACCGAGGCAUUUUUAAAGUUUUAAGAAAUAUUUUCUUAUGUCGUUUCAAAGUGCUGGAAGCAAAAUCAAAAUAUAGAAGCAACGAUCUAGGAGUUUUUUAUAUGUCUUGAGGUCAACUUGCACGGUCGGCUUUCAAAGAGAAGGAAAGGUUCGAAGGAACGUAUUAUGGAAGGAAGGAAUCGGAUUUGAAAAGCAAUAUCUGGCAAAUUUACAAAAAUCUCGGCUACAGAGAAUAAUUAACAUUCUUGGCCUAAUUGGCCUUAUCCUCUGUCCUUGACUAGGGAGCUAAACGGCAACGGCAGCGAAAACAUCACCAAAAAAAAAGUGAAUUCGCGCUGUUUGAAACUUCAUUGCCCUUAUUCCAACUUUUUUAAUUUGUCAAAUGUUGGCGAUUUUUUCAGGCCUUGAAUGCUAAAGGACUGCGUCUAAGUUCACAAAAGAAGAUUUAAGAAAAUCACUUGAAGGUCUGAUUUCACUUUUGCAAAUUCCUUAAAUCCUAUUUUUCAUACAAAGUCUAUAAAUCGUUCGUAAUAUGCAAAAUAGUAUCGAAUACGGUAGUUUAGGCAUCGAGCUUGGGCCGCCUGUCAUAAAAAAAACUUCCUCUAGUCAAAAUCAAUGAUAAAUUCUCGCAUACAUACAUUAAAAAGAAAAGAAUGCUGAACUUAGUUCUUUUCUUCAGGGAAAGAAAGCACAUUCCUCCCUCUUCAAGAUAUGUGGUUUGAAGGUUACUUCGCUUUCGAAUCACUCUUGAAUUCAGCGCAUUUUAUUCGCCGAUGUGGAGAGCAGCUUCUUCUGCAAAAGUAUGAAAACUCUCAUUUCUUUAAAGAGGAUUCAAGCUUCAAAUUAACCAGAAAACGCUGCAUAGGUAAGAAUGAGUUAAAAAUAGCCUAUACAUGCAACCACAGAGGGCUUAGCUUGUCAUUCCUGUCGUCAGUGUCGUGUUGGGGGAGAGGAGAUUUUCCAUGAAAAUGGCGGGGCUGCUCAUCGACCCAUCGUAUCUUUUUGGGGUGUAAUGUUUUGGGAUUGCUGCAUGCGCAGCUUGGGGCGCUAAAAUCUAAAAUGAGCGCCAUUAGAGUCAUUUUUCAUGGUACUUUGUAGUGGUCUUUUAGGGGUUCAAACCGAAAAACUUAUUUUGACUGGUGGCCACUAUGGCCUUGUAGAAGGCACAAGUGUAAUAAAUGGACCCAAGUGUAAUAAAGGUCCCAUCACCUCUAUAGGUGUUACGAGUACCUCCGCCAUUUAAGGGGAUUUCCUCCUGGUCGUGACUAUCCCUCAUUUCUUCGCGAUUACAUUCAUGACUGAUCAACCAGUCGUAAGUUUAUACGCUUGUUCCACUCAGAGCUUUGAAAGCUGAAGAAAAUUUUUCUUCAACGUGUCUUAUUUUACAACUGAAUUUCGAAAAAAAGAUUUGAGCCUUUUCCUAUUGAAUAUUUUAAGCACUCUUUACAACUGAAAAAAAAAACUAAAGAAGAAAGUUAAGAACAAUAUACUAGGUUAAAUUUACUGACUUUUCAACUGGUGCUAUCAUUUCUCUUUAAGCCUGUAUAGGAGUGGGCUCUCGAGUAUGGGCAAGAGCAGAAAAGGGCUGUUUCUUCAGAGGUAUCGUGACAGAAAUGAACGACGAAAUUCAUGUGAAGCUUGAUAAUGGCAAGAAAAUAAGACACAAGAGGUCGCAUGCCGAAUGCAUUGUAGCAGAUGUCAUUCCUCACGCCAUGGAAGUGGAGAUAGGCACCCGAGUCUUGGCUAAAUGGUACAAUCGCUUAGACACGUUUUAUCCAGGGACUGUUGUUGCUGUGCGGCGAAGUCUCUUUGAUAUCCGGUUUGAUGACGGAGACAAAGGGUGUAAUGAACUUAGAGAGUUGAGGAUUCUCGGACCAAAGACUGAAGCAGACGAAGGUACAAUGUAUAUAAGAUUAUUCCUUUCAUUCAUACUUUUUAAUUUCAUUUAUUUUUCCCAUUCCAUUGUAUAUAACACAAGAUAAAUCACAGACAAACGUUAGUGCUUGAGUCAUGGAAAGUUUACAAUACACGAUAAAACUAAAGUAAAUUCAAAUAAGCUUGUCAAAAAAGAAAAAAAAGAAAAAUAAUGGAAGGGAGAGGGGUACAUCUAGGUCAACUAAUAUUUUGCCCCUAGAAAAAAACGUAUCAUAAGAAAGUAUUGUAGGUUCUAAUAAGUAGUGAUUUAAGAGAAAAACGGCAUAGUUUGUCCCUUUUUUGCUUUGUUUUUUACAAGGUUUCCUCUAAAGUUUCGUUUUAAAAUCUAAGUAAAAUUGCUAAAUUAACGAGAGCGACAAAAAAAGGUGGUCAUCUUGACCUCUGGCCGGUGACUGUACAUUCAUUCAUACUUGUGACAAAAGAUAAAAAUUCCGCCAAAAAUUAAAUUUCUUUUCUCAAAAUCCCAAGAAAUAAAUAGUACAAUGCAAAUUUUCUCCCAAAGAAGUGUUAAUUGAAUGGUAAUACCGUAGGAUUUUGUCCACAGAUUUAAAACUUAGACUAGCUUGUCCUAACGUGGUCCAAGAGCGAUAGGAAUAAAUUGUAUAUUUUUAUAUCCCUGGAGCCUUGAUGCAUCUCUCUAAGGCUUGGAUCACAGAACAGCAGCUUAUUUAUAGAUUAAUGAGGUUUCGUAGGAUGUGAAGAAUUAUGCAGAUCAGGGACAAAGUUACCCACCGAGGCCGAAUGUCAGGUGGAUAUGCAGGAGCCCAGAAACAGUUUGCAGAAUUACUCUUUUUGCUGAUCGUUUCUAUGUUAGAACCCCGUCGAAAACUGAAAUACCAAAUUACUAGAUUCUGAUCUAACAAUAAAGCACUUCGUUGUAUUAAAAGAUUAAUACCAUAUUUUAAAAUUACAAAGGGUUGUUUAUUUUUGUCUCACUUUUAGGAGGCGGAAAAACUCUUCCUCCUUGGUCCUCACUCGAUGGAAUUCCUCGCGUGGGCGGCUUGUGCAUCGAAUACGGCAGUCUCCUAGCAACAAGUAACCGAGACGUAAACGAAAAAAUAACGAUAGACUAUGAAAUCAUGUCUCCACUGGACUCCCCAGUAGAACGUGUUUCCAGUCCCUCCGAACAUGCGAAUGUAGCCGAUAUGGCCGAAAAUGAACAUUUAGAUAAUCACUCUGAGAAUCAUGCCGAAAGCGAGGAUAAUAAUCAGCAAGACGAGGGCUUUGGGUUUGAAAACAAUUUCCAAUACCUCACACCUGGUAUUUGUGAAUCAGAACCACGAAAUCCGAGUCAGGUCAGCGGAAGCUCAACAGACAGUGGUUACCAAGGAAAUAACCAUAAUCGACAGCGGAAAACCGGUUUGUGGACAGUCACCACCUGUGAGUGCAUGCUUAUCCGAUAGAGUUUUUUUUAAAAUUGGCAAUUUUCUUUCAAAUUCUCCUGUGGCUAAUUCCUCAACAUGGUAGCAUGUUGAUACUGUUUUUCAGCACAAUCAAACAGUUCAGUUUAUGUUGAGGCAAUGCUGAAACUUUUACACAAAAUGACGACAGCCAAAUCCUGCUGUUUUAUCCAAGACAAAAAUAUAGACAUAAAUAACAAAACAGCAAGGAGUAAAGAGACUUGAGGUUUCCCGAUAAUUCUGACGGACAAACCGUCCUUCUUCAGGGGAUUUAAUGAAGAAUAUAUUUUGAGGCAAUGCUAUCCUGAAUCUGAUCCGGCUUUCUUUAUCAUGAGUUGACCGUGCAAUAAUUGUUUCCAACAUCGGUUAAUGGUCAUUAAUUUGAUCUACUUGAGGUUACUAUUACAAUGGUACUACCCAUUUCACUUAUGAAAACUAGCGGUUGUUUUUUUCAAAGGUUUAAUAAAUCAAACUUCGUUUGAGGCACGCACGGAGCGUCAAGGUUCCUGGCAGAAAAACUGUAUUAAUUUGUUAUCUUAAACAAAUCUUCUGGCUGAAACGUUUCUCUAAUUUAGCAUACACAAUGUUUCGAGUAUUAAAAGAUAAAUGAAAGCAGAAGGUACUAUACAAUAUUUUUCUUGCUGGUCUUCGCUUUUUUUUCUCUUCUACUCUCUGACUUUCUUAAGGAAAUAUUCGUAUUCGAAUUUGCUGUUUGCGAACGUGUCCAUCGUCGACCAAUGCGGCAAGUCCCUUAAUCAGUGGUGGACAUGUUUCAUUUAAAUACUGACUUUUGAUGUUUAUUCUUGUACUUUUUCCCACCUGCACCUAGUUUAAUGUUUACUCUUUGACCUCUAUUCUCGCUGUCUCUUCUACCUGUAGCUCAACACAACGUCUCCCAGUGUGGCAAUAAUAAAGCCCAGCUUCUUUCUCCUUUGAAAUAUCUCUCGCACCUACACGUGCCGGGCCUUUCAGAUAUCUCGGAUGUAAAGCGAAACCUUAGUGAGUUGAGCAUGACUUCCAGUGUAGACAGCGGUUUUAAGGGCAGCGGUCAUUCCUUCAGACUGCACGCGCCUGGGUCGCCAGGGUUGCCGGUCAGAUGUAAGUGUAUGGAAUGACCAUGCGUAUGCACGAGCACUGCAUGUGAUUUUGAUCAGAUCUAUUUAUCACACUGACUUCUAAUUGGACAGGUACCUUACGAACUUGUCUUCAUUCUUUUACUACCUACUUCAGUUGUAUUUCUUUCAGUCUUUUAACUGACACGCGUUGUCUAAAACGCCCUGACGCUGUUUAUUACUUGUAAGUUUUUAUAGUUUUUGCAGUUUUCUUCCAUUGAACCUAAACUCAUCCUCAUGGCCCUCUCGUUCAGAAUCAUGGCAAAUAUUUAAAGCAAACAUCGGACUCUUCUAGCCAGGAAACAUGGAAUCACCGUUUUCAAAAUGUAGAAGAACCUAGGGGUACGAAUCAAUUAAUGAGCUCAAUUUCUGUCUGUCUGUCUCUAUAUCUCCGUCUCUCCUCCCAACCGCCCAUAAAAAUAAAACAGUUUACUUAGGGACUAGCCAACAAUAUAUCUUACUUUUGCUAAUUGUGUAGCUUAUUGCUAUUUGCUAAUAGUCCAGUUUCGGAUUAAAAAUUAACGCAGAAUACAAACAUUAACGACACAUUCAUACAGGGUUAGCCUCGACGUAAAGUAAAAUAUUCAGAAAUUCCGGCAAGUAAGUGUUUGAAAUUUGAAUAUAAUUAAUAGACAGGGUAACAAACAGGUCUUUUUCUCGUUGGAAUUUGUGAAUAUAUUACUCAGAUGGAGGUUAAACCUGUAAAAAAUGCGUCUUCACUUCUUUAAUUCAGCGGUCUUAUCGAACUCCAAACUGGACUAUUAAGUAUGGCGUCAAUAAAGAAUGGUUUUCAUUAUAGUUGGCCAAAAAGAAACAAUUUUUUUUUUCUGUUCUCCCAGGCCCCGGCCGUGCAGUUCCCGUGCUCAAAGUCGAAGAGUUCUCCUGGAAAGACGAACAAGAACAUGAGCCAGAGACAGAAAUACCGGAGAAUGUUAACAAUUUGGAGAUAAAUGGAGAGGCAGUGCACAGUGGACCAGUAGGU